AUGGCAGCACAAACAACAGAUGCAGCAGAUGCAGCAGCAACAGAAGAUACAGCAGCAGCCCAAGUAGAAGAAACUGCAACAGCAGCAGCAGAAGGUGCAGCAACAGCAGCAAAUGCAGCAGCAACAGAAGGCGCAACUGCAGCAGAGACAGCAGCAGAUGCAGCAGCAGCAUAUGAAGCAGAAGGCGAAAGGGUAGCAGCAGCAGGUGCAGCAGCAGCAGCAGCAGAUGCAGAAGCUAUAGAAGAAGCAACAGAUGCAGCAGCAACAGAAGAAGAAAGUGCAGCAGAUGAAGCAGCAACAGAAGAAGCAGCAGGUGCAGCAGCAGCAGAAGUAGCUGCAGCAGCAGCAGAAGUAGCUGCAGCAGCAGCGGCAGAUACAGUAGCAGCAGCGGCAGAUACAGCUGCAGCAGAUGCAGCAGCAACAGAAGUAGAUGGGACAGAAGAUGCAGCAGUAGCAGACGCAGCAGCAACUGCAGCAGUAGCAGCAACUGAAGGAUCAGCAGCAGCAGCAGCAACUGAAGGAUCAGCAGCAGCAGCAGCAGCAGAGGAAACAGUAGCAGCAGCAGCAGCAGAGGAAACAGUAGCAGCAGCAGAUGAAGCAGCAACAGAAGGAACAGCAGCAGCAGAUCCAGCAGCAACAGAAGGAGCAGCAGGUGCAGUAGAGAAUGCUGCUCAGACAGCUGCAGCAGGAACUGCAGCAGCAACUGCAGCAGCAGAUACAGCAGCAGCAACAGAAGAAACAGCAGCAGCAGCGGCAAAAGAGACAUCAGCAGCAGAUGAAAUAGAAGCAACUGCAGCAGCAGCAACAACAAAUUAG